UUUCCUCCCGGCCGCCGGCCUAGGCCCAGGGUGAGCCCCGGGCGCGGCUGCAGGCGCGGCCACCGGGUAUCGUCGGGGCCCUGGCGAGCUGAGUCCCUGGUUUCCGGCCCGGGGUGCUCCCCUCCGUCCGUCCUAAACGCCGUCCGGUCGCAAGGGGUGUUCCUCGGAUCCCAGAGACACAGGCUCAGAGCCUGACAGCCCUGGGAGAGGUGGACUGGCUCACCAAGCCCACUCAGUCUCUCCAAGUGCCCAGGUUCAAAGGCUUCACCCAGCAAUGCGCUGCCGCAGACUGGUCCUGGGCCUAGGAUUCUGCCUGCUGUUGGGCAUUGCCCUCUGCUUUCUGUGGAUGUUUGUGGAGAACUGGCUGCCCUUCUCCUAUGUCCCGUAUUACCUCCCCUGCCCAGAGAUCUUCAACAUGAAACUGCAGUAUAAGGGGGAGAAGCCGUUCCAGCCGGUGACAUGGUCACUGUACCCUCAGCCCAAGCUGCUGGAGCAGAGGCCUACUGAGCUGCUGACGCUUACACCCUGGUUGGCGCCCAUCGUCUCUGAGGGAACCUUCAACCCUGAGCUUCUGCAACACAUCUACCAGCCGCUGAACCUGACCAUCGGGGUUACGGUGUUUGCCGUGGGGAAGUACACCCAGUUCAUCCAGCACUUCCUGGAGUCGGCCGAGCGGUUCUUCAUGCAGGGUUAUCGGGUGCGGUACUACGUCUUCACUAAUGACCCUGCGGCCGUUCCUCGGGUCCCGCUGGGCCCCGGCCGCAGCCUCAGCACCAUCCCCAUCCAGAAGCACUCCUACUGGGAGGAGAUCUCCACGCGCCGGAUGGAGACCAUCAGCCGGCACAUUGCUGAGACUGCGCACCGGGAGGUGGAUUACCUCUUCUGCCUCAAUGUGGACACGGUGUUCCGGAACCCGUGGGGCCCCGAGACCCUGGGGGACCUGGUGGCUGCCAUUCACCCAGGCUACUAUGCUGUACCUCGCCAGCAGUUCCCCUAUGAGCGCAGGCGUGUUUCCACUGCCUUCGUGGCAGAUGGCGAGGGGGACUUCUAUUAUGGUGGGGCCGUCUUUGGGGGGCGGGUGGCCAGGGUGUAUGAGUUUACCAGGGGCUGCCACAUGGCCAUCCUGGCAGACAAGGCCAAUGGCAUCAUGGCAGCCUGGCAGGAGGAGAGCCACCUGAACCGUCGCUUCCUCUCGCACAAGCCCUCCAAAGUGCUGUCCCCUGAGUACCUCUGGGAUGACAGGAAGCCCCAGCCGCCCCGCCUGAAGCUGAUCCGCUUUUCAACGCUGGACAAGGCCACUGGCCGGCUGAGGAGCUGAUGGUGGAGCCAGGGCUGCCGUGGAUGGGGUUCCCCGGCCCCGCAGCCAGCUCGCCCCAGUGCCUCCCUUCUCGGGCCUCGGGUGGGACCAGUCCAACCCUGCUUACCUCAGGCUGUUAGCAGAAUUCAACCGGAAAAUGGAGGCCGCAAAGCCUUUGUAAACUGUAAAGGGCUGCGCCCACAUGAGGAGAACACAAAGAUCACACAGCCUUAGAACAGUCAGCCAGGAAGAGGGGAGGCAGAGGUGAAGCAGACAGGGCCUGGCAGGCUCUCCCCAGCAGAUGUGCCUUCGGGGCAGGCUCUGGAGUCAGCCCUCCUCCACACCUGAGACCCCACCUCUGCCCCCCUUCUGUUGCCUGUUGCCCUUAAAGUUGUACUUCGAAGCCCCUGGUGUGAAAGGCAGCCCAGAACCCUCUUCUCUGGCUGCCGGGGGUCCUGGGUACUCUGAUGUCCCCCAGCCAUACAGAGCCAACCCCCCGGCUCGGCCCUGGAGGGAACCUUGGCAGUGGAACAGGCCUGGCUCUCUCUGUGUCAAGCCUAGCCCGUACCCCACGGUGGGCCACACUCCCUGCCACCAGCCACCUCCUUUGUAAGAGGGUUUGGGCAGCUUUUAACAAAGGUGGCGUGGGGGGCGUCUGGGUGGCUCGGUCAGUUGAGCGGCUGACUCUUGGUUUUGGCUCAGGUCAUGAUC